CUGGUGAAAAGGCUGCGAUCAAAUAUGAUGAGAACUUCAGGCGCCGUGCUGCCAGGAUCCCCUCAGCCCGUUGGGAUCGUAAGGAUCUAGAUGUGUGGACCACUUACGUGGCCCCACUUAUGGAUAAAAAGGUGCCGGAACAACAGAAGUCGAAGACCGCGGCCUUUAAAUCUGGCCGUC